UACAGGUCAUCUUUUACAUGUCACACUUAACACUACGGCUCACGACUGAAUAGAUGUAGUUCCCAUGCAACCUUGCAUACAUAUGUAUGUGUGUACUUACACACGAUGAGAACAGACAAUAUAAUGAUUCCUCCAGCAGUUCCAUUAACAGAACCAGAUCCGGAAGUUAAAAGUACACUAACGUACGGAGCUGUCAAGCGUUCGGUUGGUUAACAUUGGGUUCAUAUCAUGAAUAGAGUUACAAUCGAGGAGCGAUUCUUAAAGAUAACGAAAAUAUUCGCGAUACUGAGUGGGAUUUGGCCAGGUCAAAAUAAAGUUAAGUUCAUUUUGUGGUCUAUGGUGCAUAUUACUAUGGUAUCAUCUGUCAUCGUACAGGUAGCAAGAAUUAUACAUAUAGGCACUUUGGAAGUCGUACUGGAGCAGUCGUCCUUUAUAGGCGCGAUAAUACUCAUGAUCAUAAAACAUGGUAACUAUAUCCUGAACGCAAAGAAGCUUAAAUCCCUUUUGAAUGACAUGUCCGAGGAUUGGGCAACCGAUCGAUUGAAAGAAGAAGUUGCCAUUAUGACGACAUACGCAUAUAGGGGAACCACUCUUGCGAUGUUCUACUUUGUAAACGCGUGUAUAUGCACAGUCCUUUUUAUACAAAUGCCAUGGACAGUGCGCCUAGUGCACAUGUUGAAACCACACAAUACAUCCUCACCAAUAUUAUACACUAUACCAGCUUACUAUUUUGUCGAGGAUGACCGCAAAUAUUAUUACUAUAUUCAAAUGUAUCUGGCUCUCUCUGUAUAUAUCGUUCUCAUUGUGUUUGUCGGUUGUGAUACUUGUUACAUGGUCCUUGUGCAACAUGCGUGUGCAUUGCUGACUGUGGCCGGAUAUCGCUUCAAAAAUGCCAUCAAUGACCUUUCCUUCAAUGCGAGGAAUCCAGAAAAGGGGGCAAAGGAGAUAUAUAAAAGACUACGUUUCUCUGUACAGGGGCACCAACGGGCAAUAAUGUUUCUGCGGAAUAUCGAGAGCACACAUGUUACUUACCUUUUUAUGUGUAUGGGUAUAAUAGUCCUGUGUGUUAGUAUUACUAUGGUAGAGAUCGCUACGAUGGAUCCCUGUUGGGAUUUUUACAAGUUUAUUGGUUUUCUGAUUAUUCAAUUGUUGCAUCUGUUCUGUCUAACGAUGCAGGGACAGUUCAUCAUAAAUUCGUCCGAUGAGAUUUACGAUGCAAUAUACGAAGCACAAUGGUAUAAUACGAAUCCAAAAAUGCAAGCAUUUUACGUGUUGGCAUUACGGCGAAGUCUAACUCCACCCCGUUUAACUGCCGGCGGUUUAAUACAAUUAAACAUGCAAAGUUUUUCAGAAGUGAUGAAACUAUGCGUUUCGUAUUAUACAGUGUUGAAAACAACAUCGUAACUUCUUUAAAUAUAAUUUUCUAUAUUAUACGCAUCUCACACAGAUUGGAUUCAAUACCCCUUUAACGAAUAUAUACUAUGUGUGUCUUGAAAUUGACUCUAUGGUGGAACUCGCAUAUCAUGAUUGCGUUGAUAAAGUUU